GAAAACGAAAAAAGGGAUUUGUCUAAUAAUGAUGGGGAAUUUAUCUUACAGGAUUUUGAGAAAAAUAUAAAAUUUCAAAACAAUAGAUACGUGGUAAAAUUACCGUGGAAUGAAAAUGCUGAAAAUUUAGAAAAUAAUUAUAAAAUCGCGAAAUAUCGCUUAGAAAGUUUAGUUAAGAGAUUUGAUAAAGAUAAGGAAUUUUAUGAUCGUUAUAGGGAUGUAUUAUCGAAGCAGAUUUGCGAGGGGAUAGUGGAACCCGUUGAAAUGAAUGAAAAGGGUGAAACGAAUAUGGAUAGAGAAUAUUAUAUGCCUCAUCGUGCCGUCAUGCAUGAUGAUAAAACUACUACGAAGUUAAGAGUAGUUUAUGACGCCUCAUCACACUCGCAAAAUAAAUUAUCAUUGAACGAUUGUUUAUAUUCCGGACCGAAUCUGAAUCCCGACUCUUUAAGAUCACUUUUAGAUUUCCGAAGCAAAUCAUUCGCUUUAACUGCCGAUAUAAAGCAAAGUUUUUUGCAGAUAUUGUUAGAUGAAAGAGAUAGAAAUGCAGUUAGAUUCUUAUGGUUCGAGGACAAUUUUGAAAGUAAAGAGAAGUUAAAAAUUAAAAUUUUUCGAAUGACGCGUGUAUUAUUUGGUGCUACUCCAAGUCCAUUUUUAUUGGCUGCAACUCUCAAAUUUCAUAUAAAAAAGUACGAACGUAAAUAUCCGUUAGCAUAUAAAAUUUUAAAUUCUAAAUUGUAUGUUAAUGAUUUGAUUUUUGGAUUAGAUAACGAAAACCAAUGUCUUUUAAUUUAUAAGGAAAUAAAAGAAAUUUUACGUGAAGGUGGAUUUAAUAUGCGUAAGUGGAAAACAAAUUCGGAAUCUCUUCAGAUAAAACUAGACCAGUCCGAAAAUUGUAACGAAAAUAUAAAUGAAAUUUCUAAGGUGUUAGGUUACGUUUGGAAUUCGAAAGAUGAUUCGCUAAAAUUAGAAUGCAAGUUUGCUGAAUUAAGUAACAAAUUUAAUCCUUUAACUAAAAGAUUAAUUUUAAAAAUUGCAUCGAAAAUAUUUGAUCCUAUUGGAUUUAUUAGUCCCUUUACGCUGAGACCAAAGAUUCUUCUUCAGGAUAUUUGGGAACAAAAAUUCAAGUGGGAUGAUCCUCUACCAUUAAAUAUAACGAAAGACUGGAACAAAUGGUGUGAUGAACUAAAAGACUCAAAUAACUUUGAAAUACCUAGAUUUUAUCUGAAAAAUGCUGAAGAAAAGGGAAGUUUUCAAUUUCAUUGUUUCGUUGACUCGAGCAAACGAGCGUAUGGUGCAGUCCUAUAUAUUCGAUAUACAGACUAUGAUGGACAUUUUCGAACAUCGUUAAUUUGCUCUAAAUCCAGAGUUGCUCCUCUUCGAAAGGUGACACUUCCGAGACUUGAAUUACACUCAGCUGUAAUUGGAAGUCGAUUAUUUGAAUAUGUAAAGAACAGCCUUUCAUCUGUGACAAACUAUUCCGUUCGAUUCUGGACAGAUUCGAUGAUAGUACUUCACUGGAUUCGUGGAAAAUCUAAAAGGCUGAAAACAUUUGUCCAAAAUCGUGUUACUGAAAUUCGUUCAAAAACUGACACUUCUUCAUGGUCGCACUGUCCUGGUAACGAAAAUCCAUCAGAUCUGCUAACUCGUGGCGAAUCCUUAGGAAAUCUGCUUAACAAAGAAUUGUGGUGGAUCGGCCCCCAAUGGCUGAUAAAAAGUGAAGAUAAUUGGCCUAAGGAAAAUCAAGAGCUUGCAACUAUCGAUAAUGAAGAGGUUGACAAGUCAGUAGUUCUUUCAAUAGAUUCAGAGAUGGAGAAAAUUAUUAAUAUUGAAAGAUUUGGAAAUUUAACGAAAAUCUUACGUAUCACUGCGUGGAUAAGAAGAUUUAUCUUUAAUCUUAAAAAUAGAGAAAACAGAAAAACCGGAACUAUUAGUUGCGAAGAAUUACAAUCAGCAGAAGAAUAUUGGAUAAAGACAACUCAAGAAGAGCAUUUUGGAGAAGAAUUGAAGGCACUAAAAAGCGGAGAAGACAUAUCUUCAAAGUCAAUAUUGAAAAACUUUUUCAUUUCGUUAGACGAAAAUAACAUCAUUCGCUUACAGAGCAGACUUCGAUAUGCUGAAAUUAGUCACAACGAAGUAUCUCCGAUGCUACUGCCUAGUAGAAGUCACUUUACGAAUCUUGUAAUUCGCAGAAGUCAUGAAAAAUUAGGACAUUCAGGAGUUGCUGACACAUUAACAGACGUUAGAGAAACUUAUUGGAUUAUUAAAGGAAGGCAGAGAAUUAAGAGUAUUAUUUUCAACUGCAAUCUUUGCAAGAAAUUUCGAGCUAAGCCCUUUACCCAAGACGAAGCUCCUCUCCCUCCAGACCGCAUUCAACAGGCUCAUCCAUUCGAAGUAACAGGAAUCGACUAUGCAGGUCCACUUUAUGUGAAGAGUUUCAACGGGAUAAAAAAAGCUUAUAUUUUGCUUUUUACCUGCGCUGUCACCAGAGCCGUCCAUCUUGAGCUCACUGAAGAUCUGACUACAAAGACAUUCCUACUUGCUUUUAGAAAAUUCGUAUCCCGCAGAGGACUUUGUAGAAAACUAUACUCUGACAACGCAAGAACUUUCAAAAGAGCAAAAAUUGAGAUAAAUUUAUUGUGGAAAUUUUUAAAGGACAAAGAAAUUCAGAAUUAUUUUGCCACUAAAAACAUAGAAUGGAAUUUCAUCGUUGAAAGAGCUGCCUGGUGGGGCGGAUUUUGGGAAAGACUGAUAAAAUCUACAAAAAUUUGCCUUAGAAAAAUAUUGGGAAAAACAUCUUUAACGUUUCCGGAAUUAGAGACCAUAAUUAUUGAAGUUGAAGCAAUUAUAAAUUCCAGACCUUUGACCUUUGUCUACAGUGAUAUUGAGGAACCUGAGCCGCUUACACCUGGACAUUUCCUCAUAGGCAGAAGGCUUGUUGCUCUCCCACCUCCCACAGCUUCGACUCAAUCAACUUCUAGCAAAUCCAAUCUAGAACAAGGAUGGAAGCAAAAAAAUUCCCUCUUAGAAAGAAUAUGGAAAAAAAUGGAAAUCUUCGUAUCUUCUAGAACUAAGAACAGCCCACCAGUUAAAGAGACAGAAAGAAAAUGUUCUACCAACCAAAGACUCAGCCGUCCUAGUGUACGACGAGAAACUUCCUCGACUCAUGUGGAAAAUGGGGAUUGUCACCUGUGUCCAUCCUGGACGUGAUGGAAAGACGCGAUCGAGCACAAUUAGACUUUCUAACGGAACUAAUUUAAAAAGACCAGUUCAACUACUAUAUCCUUGUGAACUUGGCUAAGACUCAAAAGGACCGAAAACUGUUUGUCCAAUGGUCCUUUGGGGCCGGAGGAUGAAACAGAUUAACUUUAAU